CCGGACUCCCAGCGGCAGUGUAGGAGACUCUUAGCGGGGAAAACUGCGUCCAAAUCCGGGGAGAACUCAGACGGAGGAAUCCACAAUGAGUUGGGGAACGGAGCUCUGGGACCAGUUUGAUAAUCUGGACAAACACACCCAGUGGGGGAUCGACUUUCUUGAGCGCUAUGCAAAGUUUGUCAAGGAAAGGCUGGAAGUAGAGCAAAACUACGCCAAGCAGCUAAGGAGCUUGGUGAAGAAAUACUGCCCGAAACGCGCUAAAGAAGAGGAGCCGAGGUUCACAUCGUGUCUGUCAUUCUACUCCAUACUGAAUGAACUCAACGACUAUGCCGGUCAGAGGGAGGUGGUGGCUGAGGAGAUGGCUCAUAAGGUUUAUGGAGAGCUGAUGAGGUACAGCCUAGACCUCAAAACUGAGAGGAAACAUCAUCUACAGGAGGGCAGGAAGGCUCAGCAGUAUUUGGAUCAUUGCUGGAAGCAGAUGGACAACAGUAAGAGGAAGUUUGAGAGAGAGUGCAGAGAAGCAGAGAAAUCCCAGAUUUCCUACGACAAGCUAGAUAAUGACAUCAAUGCCACCAAAUCAGAGGUGGAGAAGGCCAAAGCUCAGUUCUACCUGCGGACUCACAUGGCGGACGAGAGUAAGAACGAGUACGCCGCUCAGCUGCAGAACUUCAACGCAGAACAGUGGAAACAUUUCAACAACGCCAUACCACACAUCUUCAAGAAUCUGCAGGACAUGGACGAACGUCGGACGGUGAAGCUCGGAGAGACGUACCGGAGCUUUGCUGAGUCGGAGCGGAGAGUCAUUCCCAUCAUUUCCAAAUGCUUAGAAGGAAUGGUUUCGGCUGCUAAAGCUGUCGACGAGCGAAGGGAUUCAACCAUCGUUGUGGAGUCAUUUAAGUCCGGCUUUGAACCCCCAGGCGACUUCCCCUUCGAGGACUUCAGUCAGAAUUUGAGCAGAACGGGUUCAGAUGGGACCAUCAGUACACCCAAAGGAGAAAGAGACAAAGACGGAGCCCCGGGGCCGAGAUCCGACCCCAAACACCAGAUGAGCAAAACCAAGAACAAGCUCUGGUUGUUCGGGAAGAAACCGAAGGCGCCGUCUCUGGAGGAUUUCAGCCACUUGCCCCCCGAGCAGAGGAGGAAGAGGCUUCAGCAGAGGAUCGAUGAACUCAGCAAGGAACUCCAGAAAGAGAUGGAUCAGAGAGACGCGCUGAACAAGAUGAAGGAUGUUUAUGAGAAGAAUCCUCAGAUGGGAGACCCCAUCAGCCUGCAGCCCAAAAUAUCAGAGACCAUAUGUAACAUGGAGAAGCUGCGCUCUGAAAUACAUAAAAACGAGACUUGGUUAUCUGAGGUGGAGGGAAAGCAGAGCUCCAGAGGAGACAGAAGACACAGCGCCGACAACCACCAUCACACUCCUCAAGGCAGAGAGAGUCCUGAGGGCAGUUAUACAGACGACACCAGUCAGGAGCAUCACACGCCUCAUCACCGCACCAGUCCUCCACAGCCAGGUAACCCGAACCCGAACCCAGACCCCCACGAGUUUGACGACGAAUUUGACGAUGACGAUCCGCUACCCGUCAUCGGACACUGCAAAGCGCUGUACUCCUUUGAUGGUCAGAACGAGGGGACGCUGGUGAUGGCAGAAGAUGAGGUGUUGUACAUCAUCGAGGAGGACAAAGGCGACGGCUGGACACGGGCGAGGAAGCAGAGCGGGGAGGAGGGCUACGUCCCCACCUCCUACGUAGAAAUCACCAUGGAGAAAAACAGCAAAGGUUCCUGAGGGCUGCAGGGUGGCCGGGCGAUUUGAUUGGCUGGUGGAGGGCUCACGCUGAUUGCUGAUUAUUGGUGGUGGGGGUGACCAAGAAAGAGAAAGAGAGAGAGAGAGAAAAUAAGACAAGAGAGGGGAGGAAAGGAAAAGGAAAUAAUUGAUCUGAAAGGCAGGUUUGCAUGUCUGCAUGCUCACAAAUCAAUAAUCAGGAAAGAGCAUUCUGGGUUAGUAGAAGACAAGGGAGGGUCGUACAGUAGGUUGAAGAGCAGAUGACCCCUAAAGCCAAAAAUAGGCACCAUUAACAUUUAAUAUCUUAAUGUAGGGUCCCAUGUGGUAGCCACUGCAGAAGUCCCACGGCUUUCCAAGAAUUUAUCUAAAGAGUAGCAGAGCAGUGAGUCUUUAAAGGCCUUUUCAGACCACAAAGAAAUGGCAGAAAACAUGAAAUUAACAGAGGCAUCAAUAUGCUGCUUCCUGGUCUGUAAGGGUCUUACAAGUUGGGACUUCUGUGAUGGCUACACGUCUUUAACAGUUUUGAGCAAAUUUGAUCACAUCAAGGGGGAACAAACCUGAUGAUCUCUCUCUCCGAUUUGAAAAAUUCAGGAAUUUUCCAUUUUAGGACCCAUACUUGACUGGAGGACAGUAAGUCAUGUGCAUGUGUACUCAAAAGUUUUAACUCGGAGAGCAGAGCAGCAGCAGGUUUUCCUCUCUGAUAUGAUGUGAAUUAAAGUCAGUCUCCUCUCUGUAGGUGCUGGUCAGAGUGUUUUUGGAAAAGUUGAUCUAAACCGUUUGUAGUGUUAUUUAAGUUUAUCAUAUUAGCAUUUUUCAACUCUAAUAAAUGGGUUCCACAAACCACAAAAAUAGCUUUCUGACAAAAUAUUCUCAUCACGAAUUCCACGUACUUGAAUGACAGGAUGUCUGAGCAACUCUGUCCACUGAGGAAGAUCAUGAGAUGUGGCCGAAGUAUUUGGAAACAACAAGUAAGUGGACCUUGUGAUGAGCAAUAUUUUGUCAAACUGCUGUUUCAGAGGUUAAGAAUCUGUUAAGAAAAAUGCAUCUUCAAUCUGUUAAGGUUUUUUUUGAGUAAAGUAAUCCUAAUUUACAGAUUAACAUUUUCUCCCUUUACCACACUAUCAGCACUUAAUCUUUUCCCCUAAACCUUUGAUCCAGCUCCUGAGAGAAACAUCAGCUCAGAAUAUCAGGGUUUAAUAUCUUUCAGGGUCAGUUUUUUUUUCUUCUAAUUUGCUGCCACUAACAAUAUCAGCGCUGCACUGUUUUAACUCAUCUUUGUUAUAUCAUUAUCAUCAUCAUCUGUGCUCUGUUGGUGAUGUCUGCCUGCCUGCCUGCCUGCCUGAGCCACUCUGCUCCUCAUGCCUGCCUUCAUGUGUCACCGACAUACAGUCGCUUGUCUUUAACGUGUCAUAAAUGUCUCCGAAAACAUGAUCAGCUGUUUAAUCUGCAUUUUUUUUGCGUGUGUGCAACUCUGGCUGUCUGGACUGUGUUGUAUGUUGAAUGCAAUGUCAUCAUGAUAUCUUAAUGAGUUUCCAGCAUGAUUUAUUUAUUUAUACGAUCUCCUAAACAGCAGCUGGGUCAAAUAAGAGCUACUCGUUAGGCAGGGCUAUCAGAUGAAUACAGGACCUCUCUACUCCUCUCUUUCUUCUUCUCCUUUUCCCACCUGUACUCUUCUUCUUCUUCUACGCCUGGGUUGCAAUUCCACCAGUUGACCAGCAGAUGGCAGCAUUUCCCCACCAAACUACAGCUCAGCUCGAGCAGGACCGGGACACUUCAUUAAUAACACCAAACGAAACAAAACACACAAAAAAGAAGAGCUUCGAUGUCUUUGCAGUCUGACUCUGCCUUAAAACUUCCUGUUGUUUUACUGUGGAGGGAUUACUAUUAUUCCACACACAUAUCUGGAUGUGUCUGCUCUUCUGCCUGACUACGUCUCCCAUCAGCCACCUGGGCUCAAGCCCCACCUCCUUGGGGGAGGAUUCUUAACUUCAUCUCCCUGACAAGUUUUUUUUUUUCCAUUUAAUCAGUUGUAUUUGUGAAUGUGACGACACACGCACACAUGUAUCAAUGACUUGUAUGCACACAUUUUAUGGGAGGCCAAACAGGCCAAAAACACACGUUGCAUGUUUUUGACCCCUUUGGCUUUCCAUACACUUUUAACAUAUAAAAAGUGUGCACACAUGCCUGCGUUAUAUGCGUGAUGUUAGUUUUACCAUUGAAUGAUUUGUACAUAUUAACAUCUUUUUAUGUCAUGCUGAAUGUGUUUCCAUGGUGAUUGUUUUUAGGUAUGUUUGAUUGACACUCUUCAUGAGAGACAGUAAGGUUUGAGUUGAACCGAUGCACUUUGCCCUGAAGUACUACAGCAUUUGAAUCCGACUAAAUGAGAGAGUGAGUGGAUGAAUGAAUGGAUUGAAGGUCUGUGGUGUUUGCAGAUAGAGGUGUGGACUUUAUGAAUGACCACUGUGUAGCAGCGAGAAACAAAGUAAGGCUCUAGUAAUAUUCUCUUCUAACUGGUUUUUUAUACUCCUUUUGUAACUCUUGACGAGCAACUUUUUUUGCAUGAUUUUCUAGAUUCUUUGAAUUCAUUCAUUCGUCUCUGUCAGCGUUUUAAAGUCUCUCUGGUGAUUCUUUUUUCUUUUUUUCUUAACCAGUCGCUGUAUUCGCUCAAUACACUAACAAAAUUACACACCUAAUGUAAAACUUCAACUUCCUUUUGAUGCUAUUUAAGACAAAAAUGCCACUAACCAAUCCUCUCUUGUCAGGGUAAUCUAAGCAGCAGGUCCGCGCCUUUUAGUUGUAAUCUGUGUUUCUUCGUUGAAGCUGUGAAAUGUACAAAAUGAUGCUGUAGAUGUUACUUGAACUUACUUGAACGUUCCCCCCCUCCGGCCACACUACCCCGCUUUUCCUCUCCUAUCUAUAACCGAUUUGCAUUAAAGGGGUAUUACAACGAUUUUUUGAUAUCACACUUCGAUAAAGUUGCAAGAAACAGAUUAAAACAAGAACAGUGAAAAUCAAGCGGCGAAAGCAGAGACAUCUUCACUUUAAGUCCUUAAAUAUGGUGCAAGCUUAAAAAAUGUUGGAGCAACUUAAUAGCUUAUCUUUUUUAUAAGACCAUCCCUGCCUACUGCAUCCUUGAAACUACACUACACCUCCAGUUUGUAACAGAGUCAUCUGGUUACAAUGUUAAGUCUUGAAGCCCAAGCCUACAUCAUCAGGGUUAUUUUUUUUUUAAAUUCACAGGUUGAGUAGUGUGCUUAAUUGCACGAUUCUGAUCUGUUAAAUUAGUGGAGUGCCUCUUUAAGACGCCCUCUCUGCUGAUUUUGGAUGCAAAAUGGCGCAAAUGAUACAAACUUAUCAGUCUCUGCAGUUUGUUGUUUUUUUUUACUUUUACAUGAUGCCUUCUAAAUCUGUACACAGAUCUAUCAGUGCUUAUUAUUGAUCUGUAUACAUAUCUGAUAUUAUUGUUUUCCAAAUAAGAAUAAACUACAGAUUAUCUGCUCGUGAUUUCCUAAACUGAGUUGAAAACGAUGAUAUCAGAUAUGUGCAACAAAGUGUUACAUGUUGAUUUUAUUUGUUUGAGUUGUAAUCAUGUCAUACUGUUAAUUAAAUAUUAAAAGCAAUUGCUGCAACUAAUUAUUAUUAAUAUAAAUGUUUUAUUAAUUGUUUAGUCUAUUAAAUGUCAAGAAUAGUGGAAAAUGCCUAUCGAAAAAUCCAACGAGAUGUCUUCCAGUGUGCUAGGACUGUUUGACAAACAGUCCAAAAAAACCCCAAAGAUAUUCAAAAUACAUGAAAUAAAACAAAGAAAAGCAGCAAAUUCUCACAUUUUAGAAACUAGCUGGUGAAUAUUUGGCAGUUUUUGCUCAAUAAAUGACAAACCAAUCAAAACCAAUACCCAACUUAUGCUCUCAUGCAAGACAAACGCAGGCAGGACUUAUUCAGAUUGUGGAGGUGAUUAUCCUCUGAUGUAUGUAACAUGAGGAUAAAGGGCAGUCAUAUGUAGAAAUAGUCAUUUCUGUUUGUAGGAAAUGACUGUGUAGUUGUCUGCAGGGCGUUUUUACUAACUCAUAGACUGUUUAACUCCUAAAUAGACGGUGCACUUACAUUGUUCAUGCUUUCUUCCCUAAAUGUCCCUUUUGAGUUCAUCUCAUAGGCAUGUUUUUGAGUGUACUGCCCCCUUUUAAUCACCAUUGUCAAUAGCAGCUUUUUACCAAACAUCCCAUUAAGAGCAAAGCUUCCUACUAAUUAAAAUACCUGUAAAAAAACAAAACUGUGAGCUGCAUACUUUAAUAGCCACUGUGCUGUCAUUUUGAAUAUUAUGCAAAAAAAAAAACAAAACAUGCAUAUUAACAGAUCAGCUUUGAGAUGCUCGAUGCUACGAUGAAGUUUGCAGUAAGUUCUUGUAAAAACAGUGCUUUACUGAAACCUGGCAGGCUUCUGUGAGCAUGGUGCUGUUUAUCACCCAGCAAAAACCAGACAUGUUCUUCUCUACAUUCCUCCUCUUCUUUUAAAAAAAUCAACCGAUCAUCCUGUGGAGACUUUGCACCUCUGUACAGACACUGCCCAGCUGUUUAACUCCAGGGUCACAACCAAACCCUUUUUAUUCUUUUCAGCAUGGAGUCACAGCAGCAGGUACAAGGUGUCUCAGCAGGUUAUUAACAUGUCAAAUCCAUGUAGAUCUGUGUGUUUUUACCAUGUUGUAUAUGUUGUAAUAACCGAUGGCAGUACUUCUCUUUCCAUAUUGUGCACAUCUUUUUACUUUGAAUGUUGUCAGACACUUUGUGAACAAAAAUGCUUUUUUGUUUUGUUUUUCUCUUCCAAGAUA